AUGGACCAGAGCGCGCCCUUUGGUUAUUUGUUCCAAAGUCCGUCCUUGCCCGAUCCAUCAGAUGAUGUUUUUGAUGCAAUUGAAGGAUUUUUAAUUUCAGGCUUUGACGACGCUGUCAAGUCGAAAAUUGCUCUAAUUGUUGAUUAUUUAGUGCAUCAGCUUCCUCCUUACACAAAAAUUCCAGAGAAUUUUGAUAAAAAUAAAAUUCGCAUGCAAAAGCGUGUGCUUUCAUUACUACAUUUGUUAAAUCCGUUAUAUUUAAAUCCAAGAUUAUCGACACAGAUAGAAGAAUCACUCUUUCAAAUUCUUAAAGUCGAAUCCCCACUUCGUACCACUGCCUUCAGCACGCUAUUUGAUCACAUGACAAGCGCUCCUCAUGGAGUUCCUGAUCGAUUGAUUGAAUUCAGGCAGUGGUAUCACACAUUUCUCAAAAAUGCUGUUCUAAAUAUCUUUAGCUACGACCAUAACUUUUUAUUAUUCCUCAUUUCGUGCUAUAAAAACAAUCCUCCGACAGAUCGCUCUCAAUUACCCGCAUACUUCGAGAUACCACUAAAUCUAGCGAACGAGUGUCUCAACCUUCGUGAUAGCAGUCAUUUUUUCCCUAAUCUCGAGCAAAUUUGUUCAAAAUCAAUUCGCGCUUUAACAAGGUUCCUUGAGAACACGAAAGAAGUUCCCGGAUUCCAAAGAGACGAUCUACUUGCCGAAAUCGAGUCCAAAAUCCCAAGAGAACCCCCUUAUUUCCAUAUUUACCAAAAUUAUUUGUUGUUAUGUUCAGUAAUUUUUGCUUUUGGCGAGCAGAAAGUACAGCCUCAAAUAGUUAAUACCGUACGAAAUGAUGUCCUCAACAUCAUGCAAAUUUUCUCAUUCGAACCUCUUCUUAGUUCCAAAAGAACUAUUCUUUAUUUCUCGAGCUGUAUAACAGGUAUGAGUGAUUUUAGUAACAAGCAAUUAAUUACAAACUUAAUAUCCUUCGCUUUCAACUUAAUUAAGGUCGAUACAAAAAUUGCAGCACAAUUCCUCAACAAAAUGAUAAAUCCAUCGAAUGCACAACUUCACCAAGAAUUCCCAGAACAGUUGAUGUCAUUACUAGAAUUAUUCUCCGAUUAUUACCUCGAAAAUCCAAAUCAAUGGGGCGAUAUUAGCUACUGGGUUGCCAAAAUGAUAAAAGAGAUGUUAUCUAACUUCAUUAAAAAUAAUGAAGAUGAAAAAGAUUCAAGAUUCGAUUUACUUGUUCGUUAUACAAAAUACGUCUCAAAAACUCUCGAUGUUCAUGCAGAAUUAUACGGUCAAUUAAAAGACAAAGAACCUGAAAUACCCAAAAAAUACGAAAAAAUCCCUCGAAAUACAUUCAGAAAAUUUUUAGAAUUUGUAUUUGAAGAUUUCCUUCAAAUUAUCGCCAAUCUAUCAGUACAGCGAUGCUAUGCAUUUUUUAACAGAUACAUUUACUUACUUGUACCUAAAUCUCCUUUACUUGCUUACAAUGUAAAUUUCAUAUUCAAAAUCCAGAAGACAAUAAAAUCUCCCGCCGCCUUAUUAAUAUCACUGAUCGAAUACGUAAUCAAAAACCCCGAUACAGUACAGAAUCUUACGCUUCAAAUCCUUCAACGCGGAAUAUCCGAAUUUUGCUUUGCAGAUCCUGCCGCAAAAAUACAAGAUAACGAGCCAAUGACUUUACUUACAGAGCUAUUCAAGCUCUUUCUCCUUUCUAUCCACAAAUCUUACAUAAAUAUUUUGGAUAAUGUCUUUAUCGAGCUUUUAUACAGCUACCACCGCUUCCGGAAGCAAUCACAGACCAAGUUCGACCACUUCGUAACCCUUAUAAAGAGCAACUCCUCGAUUUUGGGUGUUGGAUUUUUAGAAUUGCAGCCAGAACUCACUUUUUCACGGUUAUCCAUCUUGAUAUUCCCUAUUCUUGAGCUUUCCCCUGAAGACAAGACCAUAGAUGUUUGGUUCAGCCUAUUCAUUCCCGCAAUUGAAGCCGUUGACGAUAAAAAGAAGGACAUUAUAUAUCUUUACAACGCUGUUCAACAGAACUUGACCGAAUACUUCACAAAACUUCAGCGUCCGACGCAACUCCGUUUUUUUACCGCGAUUACGAAGUAUUUGAACAAAAAUCGCAGUGUCGCGCCGUAUAUUCUCAAUCUUAUAUCCGACCACGUCAUGCAGAUUUCUCAGGACAUAAGUAUGCAGCUCCAGAAAAAUAAAAAUUUGUCAACUUUUGUGACGAUAGAAAACCGCCAAGUUUCAUUAGAAAUUAUUUCAGAAGCGAUGGAAAAUUCGGAAGAAUAUGACAUAGAUUUUCUUGUUAAAUGUGUCUACCAGUGUUUAUUAGAGCAACCGUACAAGAAAUCAUGUGCAAACAAAACGAUUGACAAAAUAAUUUCAUACAUCAAAAAUAAUGACAUUGAAAAACUUCGUGAACUUCCUGACACUUAUUCCGGGUACUACUACAAAUACUAUUUAUUCGAUGAAAUAGUAAUACCCGAGGAAAAAACAGAAGACUUCAUAAUCCAAUCGAGUUUUCUUUAUUCAUCAAAGGAUCAUGUUGAAAAAUUUUUGAAUUUGGUUGAUAAAUUAUUUGAAAGGUUUACAUAUUCAGAAAAAAUUGUAAAGCUCUCAAUUCCUAUGAUAUACUUAUCAUCGAGAUAUACAGAGAAAUCCAUAGAUGUCAUAAGACAUCAUUUGAUAGAUAGAUAUGAAGAGAAUGAAGAAAACGACAAAGUUUUUGUAACAAUGCAAAAAACAAUUCGUUUAGCGCAAACUGACUCUUUUACACCAUAUUUAAGCCAUUUAAGUAUCGAAUUAGGUAAACAUCCCUUUGUUCUUAAGAACAGAAAGAAGUCAGCAAUUGAUCCACAGAGGAUAAAGAAAUACAUGGAGAUUUCUUGUCCGGAAUAUCAAACACCAUAUUUUUAUUUCCCGUUUUCCGAAAUGGAAACAAUAAAUCAGGUGUUUACAAUGGCAAUGGACAUGAUCAAAGAAGACAAGAUAAGCGGUACAGAUCCAAAACCAUUAUACAGAUCAUCAAAGUACCAAGAUCAUAUUCUUUAUUUAGUUAUGGAAGGAAUUACUUCUGAUUUCGAUUUAUUAGUUAAAAAAGACAUGAAACUCAUGAAUUUCUUCAAAAUGAGAGGUGUCUAUAAAUUAUUGGCACACACAGUCAUUGGUUUCACAAAGGAUAUGCCAAAUGCUGAACAUAAUGUUAAUCUUGCCUUCCAUGUAUUCGAUGAUUACGCGAAUCGCCAAUAUUUACCAUUUUUCUUGAAAUCAAUUGAAGAAGCAGUGAAUUUGGGAUUAGGAAAUUACGAUGCAUGGACAAAAGACAUGAAUCAAAUAUUAAGGAUUGAUUUGGAUAUGCCAUCAACAGCUUCUCUUAGAAUGCUAUUAUUCUUCACUAAAACAGGACAUUUCACAAAUUGUUCUGCAACAGUUUUGAAUGUUUGUUUCCAGGAAUGCGUUUAUUUGGAAAAAAGAUUCCAAGAUUUGAAGAAAGAAAGGAUUUUUAGCGAUUUGGAUUUGAUGUUUGAAAUAAUGACAUGUUGCGCAAAACAAGAAGGUGAUGACAUGGACGCGGAAUCCUUAAUUAAGGCUAUUAUUAGAUUGACAUAUAAAAUGAGGAGAAAUCAGAAAAAUACAAUAUUUGUUCCUUUAGAAAAAAUUGUGACAGUUCCUCAAUUUGAAUCUUUGUUUGUCAAAAAUUUGGCUCUUGCUUUUUCAACUGAUAAUGAUUUCACAUAUUUAUCUGUAUUGGAAGAAUUGUUUGUACACCCAGAUUGUCAAUCAUUCGCAAUGGCUUGUAUACAACAAGUUUUCCAGAAUUCUGGACCAUUGCAAAAUUGGUUGAAAAAUGCAACUCCAAUUUUUCAUUUUUAUGUCACAAGUCACUUUUUCAAUUGUUUGGGAGAAAUCUCGAGAAACAAAGAUACACCAUCAUCUAAUUUAUUCUCUGUUGUUAAGAUCGCGUUGAGAGUAUUUAGUAUUGUUUAUCCAGACAUGAAUACUUUUAAUCCGACUUUCUUUUCUUCUUUAAUGGAUUGUUUGAUUCCUCCAAACGUAGAAAAUUAUUCUAAUGACAAUUCGUUGAUUUCAGCAAUUUUCACGGGUUCUGUUCCUUUUGUAUUGCAGAGAUAUACCUUGUUCUUCCAUCCUGUAAUGGUUGAUAGAAUGGCAAAGUUUUUGUCGGUUUGUAAUAAUUAUGUUUCUCAAAAUUUGAAUAGUUUACUUGAAAUUCAAAAUACUUUGACUUCACUUUUAUCUUUAUCUUUCUUCAGACAAGUUUUAUACAAAUAUUUCACGUUGUGUCCUCCAGAAAAUGAAGUCAAAAUUAACUUUGGUCAGAUCACUUCUGAUACUUCACUUUUUGAGAAAUUUAUUUACGAUUAUUCAAGUUCACAAUUGUUACAAUUCGACAAAGUUGUUAUAGAUGACAUCAAACAAACUUCUUCUUAUAUUUACAGCUCUGUAAUCAGUGACAUUUUUAUUAAGAAAGGUUUACAAAGUAAAAGUGACAUUUUUACACUUGGCAGAGUCAUUAAGAGUUGUUACAGAGGAACAAUUGAUUUAUCUAAUGAAUUCAGAGUAGGUAUUGAUUCGUUGCAGUAUUUCUCUUCAUUGGCUUAUCAUUUAUUGCGAGAAUGUCAAAAUAUUCCAGAAUCAGCUUGUUCCAUUGAAAUUUCUCGUUUUUUGACAGGUUUUGGAAUUUAUUUUAUCCAGAAAAUGAGGCAGAAUUCUCCACAGAUAUUGCCAUUUAUUAAGUACUUGUCAAUUGCCGCUCCACAAAUGGACAAAAAGUAUUACACACCUUUGUUUAAUUCUUUGAUAAGUUUGAUUUUGGAUUAUUUCGAAAAUGUUCAGCCAAAAGAUUACUGUUCAGUAAUUGUCAGCAUGUGUCCUAUUUUCGAUGUGAUUGCUAAGGAAUUGGACAUGAAACAGAUACAAAUGUCCAAUUUCAACAAAUUCAGAGAUUAUUUGAGAGAAAAAAUCGAAGGAUUGGACAAAAACGUUGUUUUGUACCAAUUAGGGUUCGUUUACAUGUCUAUUAAAUCAAUGGCGAAAUAUCUAUGGUUAGAGAAAGAUUAUUUCCCUCAACCUUUGUAUAUCAGUCCUUUCUUGGAAAACCAAACAAUGGAACUCGUCAAAUCUUACAAAGAAGCACUGAAAUCAGCAGUUUUAUAUGGUCCAAAUGUUUGGCAAACCGUUUUGACAGAUUUUGCCAAUUUCUUUUCAAAGAAAAAAAUAUUUUUGGCACCAAUUUUGCAGACACCUUUUUCGACAUUGAUUACGUGGUAUAAUGAUGUUUCACCGACAGAAACACAUUCUAUCUGUGUAAUUGAUAAUUUAGUUGAAGCAAUGAAGCCACAAACUGUUUCCAUGUUGAUAAAAGAGCUGCAUAAUAUUGUUCUUCCGAUUCCUCCUAAAUUCACAAAAAUAAUUCUUGAAUUGAUACAAAGUUUCCCUUCUUUCAAUGACAGAAUACAAAAUUUGGGUUCAAUGACAAUUUACAAAAAACUGAAAAUGUCAAAUGACUUGAAACAGAAAAUUUGGGAAAUAGAUUGGUUAUCUAUGCCAGGAAGUACUCAUUUAUAUACAUUUGCGAGUGUUUUACUUCCUGACCCUCUUUCACAUUACAUUCUUUAUAUUUCUGAAGAAAGUAUCUGUCAAAUGAUGACGGAAACAAUUUUGAAUUUGCCUUUUAGUAUCAAACGCUUUGUUAUGUUUUAUACACAUAUUUGUCCUGACACGUCAUUAUCUUCUUUCUUUAGAACCUCUUCUAGUUACAGUGAUUCCAUUCCUUUGCCACAUAAAGGAGUGAUGUCAAAUAUCCAGUAUUUGAGUGAUUUAUCAAUGUUUGAUGAUGCUUUGGCAAUUGCGGAACUCCAAAACAAAGAGUUCAUGAAACCUGUGAAAUACAACCAGUUGAAUAAUUACGAAGCUGCUUCACAAUGUUAUUUGGAUAUAAUGAGUGAAAAGAAUGAAAACUUUUCUUUGGCGUUCAGUUUGUUUUAUCCUGUAAAAUCAAACAUAAAAUAUCCAAUGGAGCCAUUGAAAUAUUUUGAUCCUUCUAGUUACACGAAUAUGCCCUUCAUCAAGAUGUUUGCUGCAAACAAUGAAAAAGACCAGAUUUUGAAUUCGAUUAAGUAUCCACAAACAAGGUUUUUGCAUCCAUUGUUAGUUUCAAUACAAAGAAGAAUGGCUUUGUUUGAAUACGAACGAGAGUUACAAAUUAUAUCCAAAAACAUUGUUGACGGAAAAAGUUUGACAAAACUCAAACAGAUUCCUGUGAAUAGUUUGGAUUUAUCCAAUUGUGUUUCGAGUAUUUUAGGAUUUAGAACUUAUUUCUUACAAGCUAGAUCGACGAAACAAGCUCCAAACGCUCCUCCUAUUUCAUAUAAUUCUUUGUUAUCUGUUAAUUACUCCAAAUUGUCUGCUUUGUUAGGAAAAUCAGGAACAAACAUAAGAGCAUUGAGAGUUUUCACGAAUUCUGUUAAAUACGCAGAGUUACAUUAUAGCCAACAACAAAUGAACCAAAAUACUCAACAAAUGCCUCAAAUACAACAAGUUAUUAAUUUCUUUAACCAAGCAAUUGAUCAAACAAAUGGAUAUCCUGUGAAUAAACUCAAUUUAGCAAGAGUUUAUAAGUUUUUGUCUUCUCCUUUCAAUAUACAAGUGAAACCAUUGUUUGCUACAAGACAAAACUACUUCCUUGUUGUAAGAGAUAUCAGUGGUUUCCUUAAUUCAAGGUCACAAACUGAUUCCAACACAUUAAGUGAUGUUUACACGUUUAUGUACAAUCAUUGUCCAAAUUGCAUCAAAACUGAGAAUGUUUAUGAGGCUUUGUUGGGUUCUGCUGGUCAAAAGAACUCAGAACAAUCUUAUUACAUUACUACAUUGGCUUUUGCAAUUCUUAAGAAAUUCCCUGAUUCAGAGAAAAGCUUCUUGAAAGCUUUGGAGAAACAUUACAAAGAGAAAAUUUCUGUUUGGUUGAGAUGGCUUCCACAUUUCUUCACUGUUUUCACAACUCCUCCAACAGAAGUUCUUUCGCCACUACUCAAAGCGCAGCCAUUAUUCUUCAGAGCUAUAUUGAGGAAUGUCAAUGCUUCCAACAAUAAUCAAAUAAACAAGAAUUUGAUUGUCGAAGAAUAUAACAAAAUUAUCAAAGAAAGUCAAAAUGCUCAAUAUCAAAUUACUGAAUUUGAUUCGAUCUUCAAAUGGACACAACAAUGCGAAGAAGACAUUGAUAAGUACAAACAAGCAGCUUUCGUUAUGAUAAAGACUUUGGAAGAACUCGCUUUGUGUCGCCAACAAAAUGAAGAAAUUGCAAAGUAUUUAAACGGCCAAGAUCUUUCUCAAUUUUUGAAAGAACAUCCUGCAUAUUUCAAGACGAAUUUGAAGAGCUUAGAUAUGGGAUAUCCACGUGGUUUCAAGAUCCCGAUGCGUGGAAACUUCCAUCACGGAGAUAUUGAAGCUCCCGGCGAUAAAGAAGCGACGUUGACGUUCACUACAUACAAAGGAUUGCAGAUUGUUUAUACAAUCAGUUUGUCCUAUUUCUAUCCUCCUAAUUUCAGUGAAGACAUUUUAAUUUUCUGUUUGCAGAAGAUAUUUGAGACUCAUCCUUCAUCAGCAAUGAGAUCUGCAUUUGUUUAUGCAGGACAAGUGUAUUAUCUCCACAAAGACAUUGUUUUGAUCAAUGGAAAGAACAGUUCGUUGCCAACAAUCUCAAACACAAACAUUGUUUUGGAACUUCUCAAAAGAAAUCCAAAUAGAGAAGUAAAACAUUCUCCAAAGGAUAUUUUCGACAGAAGAAACAUCAACAAGAAGAAUGAUAGUUUGUUCAUAUGGAUCUCUAAAGGAGCGAAAGGAAACAUUGUUGAUUUCUUGCACAUGAAACAAUGUUUGGCUUCGUUCAUUGCUUCUCUUUCAGCUCUAAAGUUUUUGUUCACAAAUGAUUACAGUUUGUAUCCAAAUAUUGUUUUCAGCAUCAACAGACAAAACUGUUUCAUUCCUAAUGUUACAAAGCUCGGAAAACGCGUCGUCCAUCUCCCUCUAACUGACACAAUCCGUGGAGCUUUGCCAAUGUUCACGUUGAAGGGAAUAUUCAGUGCAACAUGGCAGACAAUCAUGGAAUCAAUUAAUUCUAAACGUGACAAAGUUAGAGUUAUUUUGGGCGGAUUAUGUCAAAAACCUGAUGAAGCAUCCGCAGUAGUUUUGAAGCGUGCAGAGGUUUGUGCAACAAAUGUCGGUGAAGAUACUGACAAAGAAGAAAAUCCCUUCCCAUUCUUACUUUUAGAUCAUUUGAUCCAGAACUCAGGAAAUGCUAUCAAAGCUCAGGAAUCUGGAUUUGGGUGGAUCUAA